ACUCUGUUUGUUUAUUCAACUGUUGAAUUGCGUCGACAUCAUCCGAUCAGAAAAACUUCUGGACCUACUUUGCGAAAGUCAACGUUUUAAUUAAUAUUCAUGAGUAGGAAUAGCGGAAGACAAGGUUAUGCCCCUCCUUCAGGUACAAAAACACCUGUCAGCAGUCAUGUGAGGACAGAUUCAGAUUCACCCGACGAGCAAAUGGACUCCGGGCAGCUUUCAGCUGGAGAGUCUGAGUGCAGGAAUGAACUGGAGGAAGGAGCCGGGGAUUGGAAAGUUCCAGGUGUGAAGGAUGGAAAGAAGGACCACCGGUCACGUGACAGCUCCACAUCUUCCUCCGACAGUGAGGAUGAUGAUAAAGACAAGAAAAAGAAGAAGAAAAAGCUGAAGAAGAAAAGAUGCAAGAAGUGCAGCUCAUCUUCCUCAUCAUCAUCAUCUUCGUCAUCAUCAUCAUCAUCGUCCUCAUCCUCAGAUAGUGACAGUAGCGAGGAUGAAAAGAAGAAAAAGAAGAAAAUGAAAAUCAGUGAGACGGCAGAGCCGGUUAUUCUGAAAGAAGAAGGUCUGGAGGGACACGCUGAAUUAACUCUUGCUGGAGACGAGGAGAAGAUAAAGAAGAAAGACAAAGAUUCAGCUGACAGUGAGAAUGAAAAAAAGAAAAAGAAGAAGAAGAAAAAGAAAAAGAAGAAGAAUAACAAGAAGAAGAAGAAAAUGAAGAAGAGGAAGAAGAAGAUGAAGAAAAAGCAUUCCAGCUCAUCUUCCUCCUCUGAAAGCUCAUCUUCCUCAUCAGACAGUGAGGAUGAUCACAAGAAGAAGAAGAAGAAGAAGAAGAAAAAGAAGACCAAAAAGAAGAUGAAGGAAUCAAGUGGUUCUUCCUCUGACAGCUCCAGUGAAGAUGAGGAGAAGACGAAAAAGAAGAAGAAGAAGAAAGACAAAAAGAAGAAAAAGAAAAAGGAAAAGAAGAAGGACUCGGAGGGCGACUCAGAUGGAGAGAAGGACAAGAAGGUGCUUGAGCUGAAACAGGAAGAUGGAAAGCUGACAGACGACUGUGUGACUGUCUCUUCAUCUUCAUGUGCACUUCCUGCUGAGUCUGCGGACUUGACCUCUGCCAGGGAUGAUGGCCAUAUGUCUGAUGAUGAGGGAGAAGACGACAAACAGAAAGACAAAAAGAAGAAAGUAAAGAAAAAGAAGAAGGAUUCCAGCUCCUCUUCAUCAUCCGACAGUGACGAUGACAUGAAGAAGAAGAAGAAGAAGAAGAAGAAGAAGAAGAAGAAAGUUUCAUCAUCGUCAUCAUCAGACAGCUCUUCAUCGUCCUCUGACAGUGAAGAUGACAAAAAGAAGAAGAAGAAGAAGAAGAAGAAAAAGAAGAAGAAAAAGAAAGUGAAGGAUUCAUCUUCAUCAUCUGACAGUGAGGAUGACAAAAAGAAGAAAAAGAAGAAGAAGAAGAAGAAGAAGAAAAAGAAGAAGAAAGUGAAGGAUUCAUCUUCAUCUUCGAGUAGCUCUUCAUCGUCAUCUGACAGUGAGGAUGACAAAAAGAAGAAAAAGAAGAAGAAGAAAAAGAAGAAGAAGAAGAAAGUGAAGGAAUCAUCUUCAUCAUCAAGCAGAUCCUCAUCUUCUGACAGUGAUGAUGAGAAGAAGAAGAAGAAGAAGCAUAAGAAAAGGAAGAAUAAGAAGAAAGCAAAAUCGGAUGAUAAGGAUGGAGAGAACACCUCGCCGAAGACCGAAGGAGAAUCCGGGGGUUUGGAGUCUCUCAGCACGACAGAUUACAGUCGUGGUUCUCAGAUUUCUUCAUCUCCGGCUGCCUCCAGCUUGCCUUCUGAACACCUGAGCGAAGCCUCACAGAAGAGCAGCAGCGCCACCCGCAGGCCUCUGACCGCCAUGGAGAGCCUGAUGGGACAUCCUCAGAGAAACACACUGGAGACCAGCAGAUACAGCACACCAUAAGGGCCCUAGAAACACUUACAGAAAAGUACCAUGACAGUACCAUGUUUUAUUGGACUUAUUCCAAUGAUGUAUUUUUGAAGGCCAACCCAUAUGCUAGCAUCACUCUGGUUCCUUUGACAAUUCCCAAUAGGAAUUUUUCAUUUGCUUUUGGAUUAUAGCAGAAAAUAAGCUCUGUGACCAACAAAAAUUUGUUUCCUGAUAGACUAUUGCCUUCAAACCCUUAAAACUUUAAGCUUUAAAAUUAUUUUAUUGCAAAACCUUCAAACUUCAAGCUUUUAAAACUUCAAACUUUCUGGUCAGGCUUUCUCAAGCCAAUGUCAAAGUUUGUCUUCAUGAACUUUUUAUCUAGUUAUAAUUUGAUGAGCUUCUUUGAUGAAUAUUCACAAAAAAAAAAAAAAAAAAAUAUAUAUAUAUAUAUAUAUAUAUAUAUAUAUAUAUAUAUAUAUAUAUAAUGUCAUGGUGUUAGGAAGAUGUUAAGACAUUAAUGCAACAGUUAAAAUGUGGGCUUUGAAAAUCCAUGUGUGUUUAGAGGUUGCAAUUAUAAGUAAUUAAUGACGCGGGUUUUUUAUGAGAUUUUUAGAUGCAGCACUUGAAAUAAACGCAUCUGAUAUUUUAACCCAACAGCUGUAUCUUGCUUGCCGAAAAUGCAAUUUAAAGCUACAAAAAAAAAAAACAUGCCAACAUUAAUACUGAAUUACGAGUCAAAGAACUAUUUGAUUGUGAAUGGAACUAUUAAAAUAUUAAAAGCAUGUAAACAAACAUAUACA